GAGGGGAGAGCGGGUCACGACGCUGCUGGGGCGGGGAUAACCCCUCACGUGGAGCAGAUGAAAGGGCCGCAGCGCGACGGCCGGGGGAGCCGAGCCGAGCCUGCGACCCACAAAGCCGCCGCCGCCGCCGCCGCCGCCGCCGCCGCCGCGAUGGGGCUGUGAGGCGUCCGCCCGCGCUCGGUCGUCCGCCGGCCCGCGACUAUGCCCGGCCGCGCCCGCCCUCCGCGCCCUCCCGCCGCAGGACCAUGAGGCCGCGCUCGGGCGGGCGCCCAGGGGCCCCGGGCCGCCGCCGCCGCCGCCGCCCCCGCGGCCGCCGCCUGCCGCCGCCGCCGCCGCUGCCGCUGCUGCUCGGGCUGCUGCUGGCGGCCGCGGGGCCCGGCGCGGCGCGGGCCAAGGAGACGGCGUUCGUGGAGGUGGUGCUGUUCGAGUCGAGCCCGAGCGGCGACUACACCACCGACACCACCGGCCUCACGGGCCGCUUCUCGCGGGCCGGGGCCACGCUCAGCGCCGAGGGCGAGAUCGUGCAGAUGCACCCACUGGGUCUGUGUAAUAACAAUGACGAAGAAGACUUGUACGAAUAUGGCUGGGUCGGAGUGGUGAAGCUGGAACAGCCAGAAUUGGACCCGAAACCAUGCCUCACCGUCCUCGGCAAGGCCAAGCGUGCAGUGCAGCGGGGAGCCACCGCAGUCAUCUUUGAUGUGUCUGAAAACCCCGAAGCCAUCGACCAGCUAAACCAGGGCUCCGAAGAUCCCCUCAAGAGGCCAGUGGUGUAUGUGAAGGGCACAGAAGCCGUGAAGCUGAUGAACAUCGUCAACAAGCAGAAAGUGGCUCGAGCUCGGAUUCAGUACCGGACCCCUCGGCAACCCACAGAGUACUUCGACAUGGGGAUUUUUCUGGCGUUCUUCGUGGUGGUCUCCUUGGUCUGCCUCAUCCUUCUCGUCAAGAUCAAGCUGAAGCAGCGGCGCAGUCAGAAUUCCAUGAACAGACUGGCCGUGCAGGCCCUGGAGAAGAUGGAGACCAGAAAGUUCAACUCCAAGAGCAAGGGGCGCCGGGAGGGGAGCUGCGGGGCCCUGGACACUCUCAGCAGCAGCUCCACGUCCGACUGCGCCAUCUGCCUGGAGAAGUACAUCGACGGAGAGGAGCUUCGGGUUAUCCCUUGCACCCACCGUUUCCACCGGAAGUGUGUGGACCCAUGGCUUCUGCAGCACCACACCUGCCCCCACUGUCGCCACAACAUCAUAGAGCCAAAGGGAAACGCCGGCGCCGUGUGCGUGGAGACUGGCAGCCUGGCACGCGGCCGGCAGCAGAGGGUGAUCCUGCCAGUGCACUACCCCGGCCGCGUGCACAGGGCCAGCGCCGUGCCCACCUACCCCACGAGGACCAGCAUGGACUCCCACGGCAACCCCGUCACGCUGCUGACCGUGGAGCGGCCGGGCGAGCAGGGCCUGUACUCGCCGCAGACGCCCGCCUACCUCCGCGGCUACCCGCCCCUCCACCUGGACCACGCCCUGGCCCCGCACCGCUGCGGCCUGGAGCACCGCGCCUACUCGCCCGCGCACCCCUUCCGCCGGCCCAAGUUCAGCGGCCGCAGCUUCGCCAAGGCCGCCUGCUUCUCCCAGUACGAGACCAUGUACCAGCACUACUACUUCCAGGGCCUCAGCUACCCCGAGCGGGAGGCCCCGGCCGCCCCCGGCCUCUCCCCGCGGGGCCCGGCGCGGGCCUUCCCCGCGGGCGCGGGCGCGGGCAGCGCGGGCGGCCUGCUCUUCCCCGGAGUGGUGCACGUGGGCGCGGCCUCGCACCUGGACAGCGGCAGCGCCUCGAGCUUCAGCUGCUACCACGGCCACCGCUCGGUGUGCAGCGGCUACCUGGCCGACUGCCCGGGCAGCGACAGCAGCAGCAGCAGCAGCUCGGGCCAGUGCCACUGCUCGUCCAGCGACUCCGUGGUGGACUGCACCGAGGUCAGCAACCAGGGCGUGUACGGCAGCUGCUCCACCUUCCGCAGCUCCCUCAGCAGCGACUACGACCCCUUCAUCUACCGCAGCCGCAGCCCCUGCCGCACCAGCGACGCGGCGCGGGGGCCCGCGGCGCACCCGGAGGGCUCCCCGGCCCCGGAGGAGGGCCCGGCCGCCCAGAGUCCGGCGGCGGGGCGGGGCGAGCCCUGGCCCAGCCCGGCCUCGCCCUCGGGAGACCAGCUGUCCACCUGCAGCCUGGAGAUGAACUACAGCAGCAACUCCUCCCUGGAGCCCCGGGGCGCCCACGGCUCUACCUCAGAAGUGGGGCUCGAGGCCUCGCCCGGGGCCGCCCCCGACCUCAGGAGGACCUGGCAGGGGGCCCGGGAGGGGCUGGCCUGUGCCUGCUGCUGCGAGCCCGCGCUCUCCGCACUGGAACCCGGCGCCGGGGCGGCGGGGGGCGGCCCCGCGUUCCUGGGCGCGCCCCUCUGUGAGGGCUGCGGCCCCGCCGGGGAGGCGCGGGCGGGCAGCCCCCCGGGCCUGUACGGCCUGCACCCGGACCAUUUGCCCAGGACGGACGGGGUGAAGUAUGAGGGCCUGCCCUGCUGCUUCUAUGAAGAGACGCAGGUGGCCCGCGGCGGGGCGGGGGGCGGCGGCUACCCCGAGGACUGCGCGGUGAGCGUGCAGUACACGCGCGCCCCCGAACCCGCGCCCAGCUGCCACCCGGCGCCCCGGGACCUGAGCCAGCGCAUCCCCAUCAUUCCCGAGGAUGUGGACUGUGACCCCGGCCUGCCCUCGGACUGCCAAGGGGCCCGCAGCCUCGGGCCCUGGGGGGGGACGUCGGGCCCCGGGGCCCUGUGGCCGCCGAGGGGCCUGGGUGCCGCCCAGGAGGAAGAGCGGGCUUUGCGCUGCCAGGCCAGGACGCUGCCACUGCCCGACUGCCUGGCCAAGGAGGCGGGGGCGGCCAGGCCCGGCUUCCCCGGCCCCCCCCAGGACACUCAGGAGUCUGGUACCAUGGCUGUGGAGGCCACAGGACAGUGACCUCACCCAGCUGACAGCGGUGGCCCCCCGGGAGCCGGGCUCGGAAGGAAUUCUUCAGUGGAAAUGGGAACUGUACGGAGACUGCAAACUCAAAACGUCCUACAGAGAAAAGAAAAAGUCUAAUUUUUUUUUAGCUUUGACAAACACAAAAGUGGUAAUAAAGAGAGCCCUCCUUCUCAACCCAAAAUGUGAGCCCCUGUGGCAAAUCCCCCCCACCCCAUUAACAAGCCAACAACAAAAUUCUGCGUCUUUCGCCUCUUUUGAGAACAUGUUAUUAUUCCUCCUGUUUUGUAAAGUGUGUGCUUGGGAUUCUGAGGUGUGUGGGAUUGAGUUCUCUGCUUUGUUUUUUAAGAUGUUAUAUGUAAAUGUAAAGUUAUUUAAAUAUAUAUUUUAAAGAACCCUAACCGCCAACUUUUGCUGAAAAAGAAAAAAAAAAAACUCACUGCUGCAUUAAUUGAACCACAUCAUGUGUAGAUACUGUUUCCCUGAGGGAGCUCAGGCCUUUGAAAAGCUCAGGGCUACACCUGCCUUAGAAAACGAACCCGAAACUUGAAGUAAAGCUAGUGGAUAUGGGUACAGACUCCGAGGAACAAUGCAACGCUGCCUCUUCCUCCCGCCUGGCACAUCCCAAUGAAACGGAAUUUCAGGUCUUGGGAGCCGUGCCUCUUCAGCUGCGAAGGGCAGCUUC